GCCACUGGGCGUGUCUCUGAAAGCGCACAAGCAGGAAACAUGGCGUCGUUGGUGGGUCUUCUCUCUCGAGCUUUUUUCAUUAGAAAUACAGCAACGCUGAGCCGCAACACUGGCCCAAAACUGGUGAAUGCGACAGGACCGACUCUCAGCCGAGCCGCCGUGUCAAACACAUCGGGAGGUGUCCUUCCUAAACCAGUUAAGGUCCCGUUCGGUCUGACCCGUAUGGUGAUAGUGGUGAUUCCCUUCCUCUAUGUUGGCAAUCUGAUCAGUAAAAAUUUCGCUGCCCUUCUGGAAGAACAUGAGAUCUUCGUCCCAGAUGAUGAUGAUGAUGAUGACUGAGCGAAGGUUUCACUCCAGCAGUCUGCAGAUCGUCUUAAAGGUGCCUGAUGCAGAUGAACAGGACAUAUUUAUGCAAUAAUGAAGAUUGUCAACACACUCUUGUGUUCGUAUUGCUGAAUUACACUAAACCUGUCCAGAAGCCAACGUUUAAUGCUAUUUUUAUGUUUAAAAAUAUUGUCUACGACAAUAUGAUUUGAGGCUUCCCUCAUUAAUAGCCUCUCUUCUAUUUAAUAAAUUGUUUGAAUGUUG